UCUCUGAAAAAGGUAUUUUUCUCUCUUUUACAAGUUAGCGGUUACUGAAUUAUUCAUGAAUCACGGAAAGGCUGUCUUCUCCCUGGGUGAUGGAUAACUGAGCAGGAGAGCGCUCCAAGUGGGUUUGCCACAUCAGCCAGUACUCUUGCUUGGAGCACAGGGUGCGCUCCUCUCCUGGCUUCUGCUCUUGCAGCCAGGCGUCUUCCUGCUGCUGCCUGCCUGCCCACCCUCCUGGGCUUGCAGCCUACCACUUGACUUUCUCCAAUUCUGCUGCCAGCUGCGGAGACUCCCCACAGCUGCUGGCUCCUGCCUGGGACCAUGUGUGCGGAUGCUGCACGGGAGAAGCAAGGCGCUUGCUCCUGGCACGGAUCCCAGCUCAGUUUCUCCUGUUGACUUCUGGACCACAGAUGCUGCUGCCUAGGAGGUAUUUCUUGGCAUCUCUUCCUCUGCUAUCACCAGCUAAGGACUGGCUCCAAAUCAAGCAGGCAAGUGUCAGGAUGGGCCACGCUACACGAAGCCAACGCUAGGGCGCGAGGUGUGAAGAGUUGGCCAGAAUGACCAACUCAUCCUCCACUUCGACCUCCACCACUACUGGAGGAUCACUGCUACUGCUCUGCGAGGAAGAGGAAUCGUGGGCGGGCCGGCGGAUCCCGGUGUCUCUCCUGUACUCGGGGCUGGCCAUCGGGGGCACGCUGGCCAACGGUAUGGUCAUCUAUCUCGUGUCGUCCUUUCGAAAGCUGCAGACCACAAGCAACGCCUUCAUCGUGAAUGGCUGCGCCGCGGAUCUCAGCGUCUGCGCUCUCUGGAUGCCACAGGAGGCAGUACUGGGGCUCCUUCCCGCCGGCUCCGCGGAGCCCCCGGGGGACUGGGACGGUGGCGGAGGCAGCUACCGUUUGCUCCGGGGAGGGUUGUUGGGCCUAGGGCUCACCGUGUCCCUUCUGUCCCAUUGCCUCGUGGCGCUGAACCGCUAUCUGCUCAUCACCAGGGCGCCUGCCACCUACCAGGUGCUGUAUCAGCGGCGCCACACGGUGGGCAUGCUGGCACUGUCCUGGGCGCUCGCUUUGGGUCUGGUGCUGUUGCUCCCGCCCUGGGCUCCUAAGCCGGGAGCCGAGCCCCCGCAAGUCCACUACCCUGCGCUCCUGGCGGCGGGAGCGCUGCUGGCGCAGACGGCGCUGCUGCUGCACUGCUACCUGGGCAUCGUGCGCCGCGUGCGCGUCAGCGUCAAGCGGGUCAGCGUGCUCAACUUCCACCUGCUGCAUCAGCUACCCGGCUGCGCCGCCGCCGCCGCCGCCUUCCCCGCCGCCCCGCACGCGCCGGGUCCCGGAGGCGCCGCGCAUCCCGCGCAGCCCCAACCCCUGCCGGCCGCUCUGCAGCCUCGCCGGGCGCAGCGGCGUCUCAGCGGCUUGUCGGUGCUGCUGCUCUGCUGCGUCUUCCUGCUGGCCACGCAGCCGCUGGUGUGGGUGAGCCUGGUCAGCGGCUUCUCCCUCCCGGUGCCCUGGGGCGUGCAGGCGGCCAGCUGGCUCCUGUGCUGCGCCCUAUCGGCGCUCAACCCGCUGCUCUACACGUGGAGGAACGAGGAGUUCCGCCGAUCCGUGCGUUCAGUCCUGCCGGGCGUCGGGGACGCGGCUGCGGCCGCUGCGGCCGCCACCGCGGUGCCAGCCAUGUCCCAGGCGCAGCUGGGUACCCGGGCGGCUGGCCAGCACUGGUAACACACCUUGCUUGGAGGGGCUUCCUAAACCACCUGCCGCACCGCCUCCUUCUUUUGUAAGCUAUCCGCAGCCCCAGGGAAGAUCCCCACGGAGAAGAUUUUGCCUUCCUUCCCAGUGCAAUACCUGAAGGUCUUCCCCUAAACGGAGUCCCCAUUGUGUGCGGCCAUUAGACUUUCCCCCUUUUGUUUCUGUGUUUUAAAGACACCCUUAGGUCCAUCUACCCAGACUGCAAGGACUUGUAAACUGGCAUUUUAAGAGAACCAGUUAAUUUAUUUCAAGUUUGCUUUUGAAAAAGAGCUUUCAUAACAUACAACCCUUCCAACCUCCACCGUCUUAUAUACGAAGCGCCUUGAGUGUGUGAGUGUGCAUGAGCCAAAGGGAAUACCGUUGAGGAAGACACUGUGUGUAGACAGUAUCCUAACCACGCUUCCUUCUGUUAGAGUUUAGUCUUUGUAUAUUGACCUCGAAGAGUGAAACCACAGGUGUGUACACCGGCCUGAGUUGCCACUGAGACCUCAAGCCCUUUAUUCUUAAAAGGGCUUUUUUUAUUGAGUCAUUUUUUGAAAUGAGAUUGAGUCUUAAGCCAGUGAGGAAACAAACCAAAUUUAUUAUUUUACUCUCUAUUCACUUCUAAGGUGGAAAGUUACCGUCGAGUGUUAAAGUAAAAAAAAAAAAAAAAAAAAAAAAAAAAAAAAAAAAAAAAAAAAAAAAAAAAAAAAAAGUCAAAUUUUGGAUUGGUCUGAAACCAGAAGUGGAAUUUUGAAAGCAAAAAGAAGGGGCUAUCUAUUUUAGGGUAGCAGUUUCACAUUUUCUGAAGCAUGCACACUUCUCGCUACCCACAUUUGUAACCGAUUUAUUUGCCUCUGAGUGUGAUCGCAGCUUUGAACAUUCUGUACUAUAAUGGUUGCUAAGGAGAAUGACUCCUGUAGUCUCUUUAAAAUAUCUCAAUGCACAUGACAUAAUUAAACACUAAUACCAUAAUUGCAUAGCUAAUGUUAGCCGCCAUUGCAUGCUCCUAGAUGCUAGAACUUAUUGGGCAUGUGGUACACAAAGCAAUACCCAUUAGACAAGGACAUUUUUACCUCUUCCAGACACCAGAAGAAAAGGCCUUUUAAUCAUUUGAAAAGAGACAUAGGUGAACCCGUGGCUACCUAGAAUUCUCGUCUUGACCUAGUUUAUGAGAAAACUUCCAUUUGGGGACUUUGCCUCCCAAAUGAAACCAAUGGUCAGGAUGAUAUAAUACAGAUUGGCUCCACAAAGGUAUCUGUGCAUUUAAGGGUUAAACAAGCCACAUGUGAGGAAGUAACAUUGUUUUAUGUUGUUCAUAUAUAUCACAAAAACAUUUACUAUUAGUAUCAUGUCUGUGGAAGAUGCAGUUAUGCAGAAAGGGCAUGUUUCACACGGUACUCUGUUCUCCAGGGUAUCAACUGAGGUUUGCCAUCUUCAUCUUUGACUUCCUAAAUGUAUUUAGAUGCAUUUAUAAUGUACAAAAAAAAAAAAAACCACGUAAAAUCGUCUUGUAAAAUUAAACAGGGAAGAAAGUAACAGGAGGCAUAAACUGGUCUGUUAUCCACAAAAUCUGGGGCCAAAUAGCCUCAAUUAACUGUGUGAUUCAGGAGCAAAGACAGCUUGGUUUGUUGCACUCUUGGACCAAGAAUGGUAAGAACACUUGUACAUUUGAAAAAGUAUGGACACACUGGAAACAGAUUUUGUAGUAAGACAAAAUAAAAUGUUUGUCACUAUCAAUACAUCGGCAGCCAUGUCAUUAACCAAACUGUGUGCAUGUGCCAUUUUUCUCUUAUGAAGAUUUCUUCUGUUUCCAGUUUCCUGGAUUCAGAUAUUUAAUUAAAGUUUAGAUAACACUU